CCAAGUGAGAGUGAAAAAUGACUUCUUUUGCCACCUAAUACCUUAUAUCAAUUUCUUUCCUUCGCUUCCCUUCACAUAUCAAUUAUCCUACGAAGCUCACUACCUAAUCGUUUUUCAACAAUUCAUCAUUUCAGUUUCAAAACAAGGCUCUCAUGAGUGCGUCCUCCAAAUUUGUACCCCAGGUUGAACAGGUUGCGCAAAACAAAAAUGAAAAGCCAGAGUGGCUUGAAGCUUUUCUGCAAAGAACUUUCUUUGAUUCUUGUUCAGUUCAUCCAAUUCGGAGGAAUGAGAAGAACAGGUAUUGUAUCAACUGCGACACAUCUGCCUGCCAAUAUUGCAUGACUUGCACCACUCAUCGCCAUCACAAGAUUCUGAAAAUCUACAGACAUGUCUACAAGGAUGUUGUAUCGCUUGCAGCCAUGGAGAAGUACAUCGACUGUGCUGAAAUUCAGCCAUAUAAGUGCAACAAACGACUGGUUAUAGCUUUGAAUCCUCUUCCCCAUUGCGGUCCAACAUCAAAAAACGAGACAUCAUGUGACAUCUGCAACAGAAGGUUAGCUGAACCAGAUAUGCAUCGCUACUGCUCUAUUUCUUGCAAGGUCAUAGCAUUUGAGAGGAAGUCAAGUGAUUCAGCUCCUCCCUUUCUUUCCAUCCAGUCCCCAAACAAGGAGAAACGAAAGGAACUACUGUUGAAAACUGAGCAACCAAAGCACAAAAGAAAGGGAAUCCCUCAAAGGGCUCCCUUCUUUUAA